AUGGAAACGGGGAUAACGGAGCGACGACGCGUUAUUGACAGCCUCAUUGCACGAAUAUCGGAGAAAACGGAUAUUGAACAUAAAGUCGGGACGACGGGCGGCGGGACGGGUGUACUGGGGACAGCGGCGGCGGAGAGGGAUACGCGGGAUGACGUCGAAAUCCGAGAUCGUCUCAAAAGCCGAGAUUAUGAUGAUGGUGACGGAGAUAUGCUGGGAGAUGUACGAGGUGUGGUGGGAGGCUCGGGAGAUAGCGGGAACGAUGCAUCGAGGAGCAGCAGUCACGGUUCCGAAGUAGGAUGUGAUGGGGAUGGCAGCCGCGCGGAGGAGUUAAGAGAGAUGCUGCAGAUCGAGAUGCGCGGCGUCAUGGCCGACACGAGACGCGUGGAGCUCGCCGCGAUUCACGCACAGUACCGAAGCGGCGAAAUCCGACGCGAGAUGCGGCGUAAAUCGGCGGAGAUGGCGAGUAUUCGAGAAGCGAGGGGGCAGCUGUUGCGGAGAAAAGACAUGCUGGCGCAGUAG